AUGGCGGACGAUGCGGAGCCCGCGGGCGUCGAGAGCGACGCUGACACCAUCGCCGGCCGCACGCGCACCAAGUUCUCGCUCGUGGACGCACAUGUCGAGACGGAGGAGGACCGCGAGUACCAGCGCUUCCUGUCGAGUCUGCUGCCCAACGAGCAGGAGAAUCUGUCCUUCCUGGACGAAGAGGACGAGGAGUACCGGCCCGACGAGGAGGAGGACGACCAUGAGGACGAGGACGCCAGGAGAGGCAUCUCUAAGAAGGAGCUCACGGACCUGCUGCUGGACUCGACGCUGACGUUCACCAAGGUCCCAGCGGCUGCAGCUUCUGGAGCUUACGGAUCUGCUGCUGUUGCCCUGCCGGCCAUGCUGAGAGGACACAGGGGAGCGGUCACGCAGACGCAAUGCAUUCAACUGGCGUCGCAGAUGCACAAGCACCUCCAGUUGCUGCUGCAGAGCUACCACCUUUUGUCCCAAGGCAAGAAGACCCCGGAGCUUGCCGAGUGCCGCGCGAUGAUCGAAGAGCUGCAGCAACGAGGUGAGAAGGCGCUCAAGUACAAGAACGCAUUGCUGUCCAAGUUGAAUCCAGCGACGACGGGUGGUGUAGCUGGAGCUGCUGAUAAACCCCCUUCGACGGAUGAAUCGUCAGGCGCGGAGGGUAACAGUAACACCACCGAAAACCUCCUGGCGUUGAGACGUGUGACGAGGUCGCUGACGGCGGCCCACGCGGCGGUGGCCCACCCGUCGAUGUUCGAGCUGGUAGGCUCGCAAACGGUUGAUGAGCUUUCGGCUGGCUUUGCUCGUGGCUGUUCAAUCCAAGACCGUAAUCGGGCGAUUCAAGAGCAAAUGCUGCAGCUGGAUAUGCACUUAAUAGCGGUCAAGAAGCGUCGGAUCUCCAAGAAAGGGUAUACUGUGACGGAGGACAAUCUGCUGGCUCAUGGGAUCAAGCGCUUUGGCACGCAGCUUGAGUCGUUUGAGCAAAUCCGGCAGCACUUCCUCCCGACCAAGAAGCCGCAUAAUCUCCGACACCGGUACAAGUACUUGAUCAGCUCGAGGACCGGCAUGAGCGCAGUGAAGGCGUUCCACCAGAAGGCCUCUCCGCCGCACCCUCGGAACACUGGCUGGUUACUCGAGGAGGAUCUUCGGAUAGCGCGUGGUCUCGUUGAGCUGCACAAGGAGAAAUACCAUUUCGCUCAGCUAGCUAAAAGUUACCUCCCUCAUCGGAGCCGUCUCGAGAUUCGGAAGCGCUGGGAGCGCAUCGCGACGAGAUUUUGCGCCGAUCUUGCUGCGAAGGGCUUGACAGUGCCCGAUGAGGACUCGCUGGAUCUCGCCGUUGCCAUGAAGGAUUUUUUAGAGGACAAGUUGCGAAAUCGGAUUCUGAGGCGGCGACGCGAGGCGGAGAGAUCAAGGUUAGAAGCCGCAAUGCAGUUGCAACAACUUGGCCAAGCAGUGCGAUACGCUUUCCUGGCUCAACCGGUUGGUGGAUAUAUCAAGAAUCUGCAUCCAGCUCUGUUUUUCUCGUCAUGGUCGUUCAUCAGCCCCGCGACGCUCCUUAACUCGACGUGCAAGCAUAACUGGCCGUCAUUUAUGGACGCUGAGAAGAACAGCAAGGAGAAGCUACAGCAGAACCAGCUGAAUAUUGCUGCUGCGGAGGAAGGAAGGGAGAGUGAAGAGGAGGAAGACGAUAGCGAUUAUGAGCACGAUGAACUGCUCUCGUCCGAGAACGAAGAGAGCGACUCUGAGUUUGAGCAGAUGGAGUUCACUGACGACGACGACGAUGAAGACGCCGGGAGUGCAGGCAAUUUCGAGGAGGACGCCUUCAUGUCCGACUCAGACGCCCAUUCUCAUCUCGGUCAGCCAGGCAAUGAACGUACGAAGAUCGCCCUCGCUGCUUUGGAGCGACGCAUUGUGGGCAAGAGUCUCAAUUGUUCCGCUGCAUCUUCAGCCCCCAGCUCGCAGACUGGUUCAAGCACCCGCGUGAAGCGCAAAGUAACCUCCACGCUGAUUGCACCCCUCGGCGCAAGCGAGAUAACCCCUAACGCCGCAUUCCGAGCGGACGAAGAUGAGUUCGCGCUUGCUGCAGUCGCGACGGCCAACAGCGAAGAAAAUGAAGAGGACGAAGAUGACAAUGACGACGAAGACUGGGAAGACGAAGAGUUUGAAGUUGCCAGAUUGCAGCAAUGUCCGACUUGUGGCCACGCCUCGUGCACCUGCUCGUCUAGCGAGCGCAUGCAGCUGCUGCUGCGCCGCAUGAAGGAGAAGCGUUCGUCGUCGUCCUUGCAGUAA